AUGCGUUUGCGCACCUGCAAGCGGGCGGAUGGCGCCAGACGCAGCCAGGUGGAGCUUCUGCUGGACAAUGUGGCUGGCAAGGGCGAGCUGCUGAGCCCCCGGCUCGACCCGGAUGUGCGGCAGCGCGCGGCGCGGGCCAUCAGCCAGCGCGGCGGGCGCGUGACGAUCGGCGACGUGGCCAGCACCGCGGGCCUGCAGCUGGACCAGGCGGAGGCGGCGGUCAAGGCGCUGGCGGCAGACAGCCAGGCCACGCUGGCGGUGUCUGCCCAGGGCGACAUUGUGUACGCCUUUGCCCCCGGCUUUGAGGCAGCCAUUGCCUCCAAGUCGCUGCUGCUGCGCCUGGAGCCAGUGGCGGCAGGGUUCCAGGCGGGACUGGAGUACCUGCUGCGCGUGGCCUUUGGUACCGCCCUCAUCGCCUCGGUCAUGCUCGUCUUCCUGGCCAUCACGGUGCUCAUGUCCAGCGCCAGCAGCCGCGACGACAACCGCGGCGGCGGGCGCAGCGGCGGCGGCGGCGGCGGCGGCUUCUUCGGCCCCCGCGUCUACUUUGACCUGACGGACCUGCUGUGGUACUGGGACCCUUUCUGGUACCGCAACCGCCGGGACCGCAUGGCGCGCGAGCAGCGCCCUGGCGGCAUGAACUUCCUGGAGGCGAUCUUCAGCUGGGUGUUUGGCGACGGGGACCCCAACGCAGACUUCGACAAGAAGCGCUGGCAGGCGAUUGGGCGGUACAUUGCCGCCCGCGGCGGUACGGUGGUGGCCGAGGAGCUGGCUCCCUUCCUGGACCUGCAGCCCGGGCAGCUGGCCGCCGACCGUGGCAGGAUCACGGUGGAUGAGUCCUACAUGCUGCCUGUGCUGGCCCGCUUCAACGGCUCCCCGCGCGUGGACGCCUCUGGCAACAUCGUGUACGAGUUCCCCGAGCUGCAGCAGACCGCCGGGGCCGGCGCGCCGCCGCCGCCCAAGCAGCGCAGCGCUCGCGAGGCGCGGUGGCAGCUGACGGCGGCGUCGGCGGGGCAGAAGCUGGGGGCCGUGGCGCUGGGCGCGGUCAACUUAAUCGGCGUGGGCGUGCUGACGGUGAUGCUUCAGGACCCGGUCAGCAAGCUGGCACUGGCCCAGAACGGGCUGCUGGGAGUGGUGGGCCUCAUGCCCUGGCUCCAGGCCUACGCCGCCGCCUUCUUCGCCAUCCCGCUCUUCCGCUGGUUCCGAAUCGCGGCGCGCAACGCGGCGGUGGACAGCCGCAACGAGGCGCGCGAGGCGGCGGUCGCCCUGCUGCAGCGCCCCGACCCCGUGCUGCAGCAGAAGCUGGCGGGCGCGGCGGCGGCGGCCAAGCGCAGCGUCAUCACAGACAGGGAUGUGAUCUAUCGCAGCGAUCAGCCCCUGGAGCGCCAGCCCUCAGACCUUGAGGCCGAGAACUUUGAUGCGCGGCUGAAGCAGCGGGCCCGCGAGCGGCAGCCCCAGGGACAGCAGCAGCAGCAGGAGGUGCCCCAGCCGCGGGGCGCCGCGCCGCAGUGGUGGUUUGACCAGCAGGCGCAGCGGCAGCGCGACCGCAGCUGA